AUGGCGCCGCCGGGCCUGUCAUCUUGGCCUGCCCUGCUGAUGGUGGUGGUUGGGGGCUGCGAGGCCCUGCCCCUCGUCAUCUGGCAUGGAAUGGGAGACAGCUGUUGUAACCCCUUGAGCAUGGGAUCCGUUAAAAAGAUGGUGGAGAGUAAAAUACCUGGGAUUUAUGUUUUAUCUCUAGAGAUUGGCAAGAACUUGGUAGAGGAUAUGGAAAACAGUUUCUUCAUGAACGUCAACCACCAAGUGUCGACCGUAUGUGAGAUGCUGUCAAAGGAGCCCAAGUUGCAACAGGGCUACAACGCCAUGGGAUUUUCCCAAGGAGGCCAGUUCCUGAGGGCCGUGGCUCAGAGAUGUCCGUCACCUCCCAUGGUCAACCUGAUCUCAGUUGGGGGCCAACAUCAAGGGGUCUAUGGGCUUCCUCGCUGCCCCGGGGAGAGCUCCCACCUCUGUGACUGGAUCCGGAAGACGCUGGACAUCGGGGCCUACACCAAACGGGUCCAAGAGCUCUUGGUGCAGGCUGAAUACUGGCACGACCCGGUGAGGGAGGACCUGUACCGCAAUUGCAGUAUCUUCCUGGCCGACAUCAACCAAGAGAGGGGGUUCAAUGCGACGUACAAGAAGAACCUGAUGGCGCUGAAGACCUUCGUGAUGGUCAAGUUCCUCAAGGACUCAGUGGUGGACCCCGUGGAGUCAGAGUGGUUUGGAUUCUACAGAAGCGGCCAGGCCAGAGAAACCGUUCGUCUGCAGGAGACUGCUUUAUAUGCCCAGGACCGGCUGGGGCUCAAGGAGAUGGACGAGGCGGGCAAACUGGUGUUCCUGACGGCCCCCGGCGACCACCUGCAGUUCACGGCGGAUUGGUUUUACGCCAACCUCCUCCCGUUCCUGCUGUGAGGCGGCCCGCUGCCCCCGAGCAGCCCUCCGGGCAAACGGACGGGCCCGCUGGGAACCAAACGGCCACGACUCCGCUCUUCCCUCCCCGCCUAGAAA